AUUGUAAAGAUUUUUUGUUGUUCGAUAGUCGAUUUCAGAAGGAAGGCUAGAAUUAAAAACACUUUCAAGAAUCCUAACUCAGUAUUUGAAAGUAAAUUGUUUAUUUCAAUAGAAAUCAGUACCUACUCAUAAACAGUAACAACUUGUAAUUAUGAUUCACAGUUUGUUUAUUAUAAACUCUGCUGGUGAUGUAUUUAUUGAAAAACAUUGGAAAAGCAUUAUAUCGCGAUCAGUUUGCGAUUACUUUUUUGAUCAACAUCGUAAAGCUCUCAGUCCGGAAGACAUUCCUCCGGUUAUUGCUACACCGCAUCAUUACUUAAUAAGUAUUUAUAGAUGCGGUUUAUUUUUUGUUGCAGUUUGCAUGACUGAAGUGCCGCCGUUGUUUGUUAUUGAAUUUUUGCAUAGAGUAGUUGACACUUUUGAAGAUUACUUUUCAGAAUGUUCUGAAAAUGUCGUUAAGGAUAAUUAUGUUGUUGUAUACGAACUUUUAGAUGAAAUGUUAGAUAACGGUUUCCCAUUAGCCACCGAAUCAAAUAUUCUUAAAGAACUCAUAAAGCCUCCGAAUAUACUUCGAACAAUUGCCAAUACGGUUACUGGAAAAUCAAAUGUGAGUGCAAUUCUACCGAGCGGUCAGUUGUCCAAUGUGCCGUGGAGGAGAUCGGGAGUGAAAUACACCAAUAAUGAAGCAUACUUUGACGUCAUAGAAGAAGUAGACGCCAUUAUUGAUAAAGGAGGUGCUACAGUAUUUGCUGAAAUCCAAGGAUACAUUGAUUGUAGCAUCAAGCUUACUGGAAUGCCGGAUCUUUCAUUGUCAUUUAUGAAUCCUCGACUUUUUGACGACGUUAGUUUUCAUCCUUGCGUCAGAUUCAAGAGAUGGGAGUCAGAAAAGAUAUUGUCUUUUAUUCCACCCGAUGGAAAUUUCCGUUUAAUGUCAUAUCAUAUUGGAUCGCAAGGAAUAGUCGCCAUUCCAAUUUAUAUACGACACAUGCUUGCAUUAAAAGAGACUGCGUCGGGCAGUGGUCGGUUGGACAUUACAGUCGGUCCAAAACAGACAUUAGGAAGAUCUAUUGAAAAUGUAAUCAUAGAAGUUCCUAUGCCAAAGUGUGUGUUGAACUGUACUCUUAUUCCGAACCAAGGUAAACAUUCGUUUGAUCCGGUAUCUAAAAUUUUGACGUGGGAAGUUGGACGAAUAGAAACUGCGAAAUUACCAAAUAUUAAAGGAACUAUAAGUUUACCUGUGAAUACGGUAGUUACGGACUCAAAUCCUGUAAUUAAUGUAAAAUUCACAAUAAAUCAAUUGGCAUUAUCUGGUUUAAAAGUCAAUCGCCUCGACAUGUACGGAGAGAAAUAUAAACCGUUCAAAGGCGUAAAGUAUAUCACAAAAGCUGGUAAAUUCCAAGUCAGAAUGUAAAAUUCAAGUUGACUCAACAAAGUGUCAAACUAUUAAACAGUUUUAAAUUAUACCAUUUAUAUUGUUUUGUUAAUUAUGUUUUUUUUUUUAAAAUAAUUAUUAUUUUAUAUUUAUAUAGUAGGAUAUUAAUUAUACAUGGUUAUAAAAUACUUACAGUUAACAUUUAAAGUUUUUUUAUUAUAUUCUAUUUAUAAUGCACUUCAUAGAUUUUGAAGUAAAUGAUGUAAUACAAUUUUAAUUAAGAAUUAUGUGAUAAUUACAAGUAUGCUGUAUAAGAUUUUUUUGUAUUAUAAUUUACAAUGGAAUACAGGUUGCUUCAUUAAGGAUAAGACACGUAUUUACUUAGAAAAUAAUUACCAUAUUAUAGUUUUUCUUUUUGAAAUACUUUUUAUUUAUAUUAUUGUACAUAAUUAUAAAACUACCAAAUAUUUACCUUUUUUAGAAACUUAAAUGGUAAGGUAUAUUAAUCAACUUUUUAAAUAAAAAAUUAUUUGGUCACUGGGUGAUGACUAGUUUUGAAAAAUUACUUUCAAAGCUUAAAAUUUAUUACGAGAUAAAGGGUGGAGUGUAGAGUUAUUUUUAACUGGGUGCAUUACUCAACCGCAUUCCACCUCCCGUCCUAAAUUUUAAACUUUAAAACUGGUUAUUGACCCAUCAACAUUUCCAGCAAAUUGUUCUUAAUUAAAAAAGUUGAUUAAAUCCAUAGAUUAAUAACCAUCUAAUAUAAUUUUUAAAAGUUGGUAGUUCUGUCGAACAAAAAUUAAAAAGACAAACAUUUGAAUACUGUCUAAUAUUGAAAAACAACUAACUAAAAUGUCUCUAAAAAGAAAAACUAAAAUUUCAAUUUUUCGUAAUAGAAAAUUAGAGACUUAUCCUUAAUGAGUCACUCUGUCUUGAAUAUCUUGUUUAUAUA